AUGCCCCCGAAAUGCCCAACUUGGGAUCCAAUCACGAGCGGUCAGAAGCUUACAGGGGGGAGCAAAUUAUCAUGGAAACUCGACCAGUUGUUCCAACCGUGGAGCACGACUAGACUAGGCCGGGAGUUGCCAAAGGGGAUAGGCUCGGAGGGUGCUAUCGCAAGGCCGCCACCCACUCUGACACAUACUCAGACGACCCAUGAUGGGUACGAAAACUCAAGAUGGCCGCCAGGUCAUCGUGGGGAAAGACUGGCGGACGGUGCUGUAGGUGGCCCUGUCGCGGCGGACGGGGCGCCUAUCAGAAAACGGGGAUUGGCAGUGGUGGAGACGGCAGCUACCAAACGAAAAACAGACGCUGAAACCGCGACAGGAUUGGACAUCAGACAAACGCCUUGGGGAGGUCGCCAAUCACGAGGGAACAACGAAUCGCAUACGGGCAUGUCAGCAAGCAGCCGUAGAAGGAGGGGAGCCACUGAGGGGCAAAUCUGCUUGACCGAUGGGGAGUUUUGGUUCCUGCUUCGGGCACAUUUGCUGCUGUUAGUCGCCGGCCGGUGCGAUCUGACCGCCAGAUGUUCCUCCAGUCCGGCGACGCUGCGGCGUGGAUCAUUCCCCCCGGGCACGACGAGAAGAGAGUUGGUGGUAUACGGUGAUAUCCGUUUCUCGCCGGAAGUGGAUGGGAUGGCUCAUCAGCCAACAGCAUCAUCGGUUGGGCGAUCCACUUGCUGCGAUGGCUGCAUGCCACGUCGAACAGGAGACUCCGUCCCCAGCCACCGGGACCACCCGAUUGACCUGCCCAUCAAUACUGUUGCUAAAGCUACUUUGGGAGCGAACAGAGACUCCCCUGACAAAUUCCAAGAGCUCGAAGGUGUGAGUCAGCGAUAGUCAAGAUUCCCGUCUCUCACCCGAGAAGGAAGAGAGAAGGAAGACAAGGGAGAGAAGGAUGAGAAGUAUGCAGUAUAGACAGAGAAAGAGAGAAAAGGGAAAGUGAGUCAAAAAGUCGGGGAGAGACACUGGCGGGGCCGGCCUCAGGCACAAACCCACUCUUCCCCUCCUCAUCAUGUGCAGCCCCUCUUCCCCCUUCUGUUCGCUGGUUUUCCCACUUGUUCUGCUUCUUUCCUGCUUCUACGGUCACUCUCGUGCCUCCAAAUGAUUCCGAUCAUCCUCAUGGUCCGACC